AUGGCGGCGUCGGCGGCGCGGGCGGGGCGGGGGCGGGCGUCGGCGGAGGAGGACCUGCCGGUGUACCUGGCUCGGCCGGGGACGACGGCGCAGACGCCGCGGCAGAAGUACGGCGGGAUGUUCGCCUCGGUGGAGGGCGCCUACGAGAACAAGACCAUCGACUUCGACGCCUACAGCGUGGGCAAGAAGGGCGCCCGCACGCCCCGCAGCGGCAGCCGCCACGACGGGAUGCUCCUCCUGGACGGCGCGGCCGGCGACGGCUACAGCGAGACCGCCUCCGACGUCAGCGAGGUCUCCGGCUCCGUCGUCAGCUCGCCCGGCGGCGACCGCGACGACAAGGGGCCCCCCGGCGUCCACAUCCGCGAGCCCCUCCCCGCCGGCACCAAGGAGCGCCUCUGGCUCCACGGCCUCGGCGGCCACGGCAAGAGUGAUCGGCUACUCAUUAAAGGCGGACGGAUUAUCAAUGAUGACCAUUCAUUCUAUGCAGAUGUGUACCUCGAAGAUGGACUUAUAAAGCAAAUAGGAGAGAAUUUGAUUGUUCCUGGGGGAGUGAAGACCAUCGAGGCGAAUGGGCGACUGGUUAUUCCUGGAGGCAUCGAUGUCAAUACUUACCUCCAGAAGCCCUGCCGGGGGAUGGCUGCCGUGGACGAUUUCUACCAAGGCACAAAGGCUGCUCUAGCGGGAGGCACCACCAUGAUCAUUGACCACGUCCUUCCAGAACCGGGCUCCAGUUUAUUAACCUCGUUUGAAAAGUGGCACGAGGCAGCGGACACCAAAUCCUGUUGUGAUUAUUCCCUCCACGUGGAUAUCACCAGCUGGUACGAUGGGAUUCGGGAAGAACUGGAUAUACUGGUGCAAGACAAAGGUGUUAAUUCCUUUCAAGUCUACAUGGCCUACAAAGAUCUCUACCAAAUGACUGACAGCCAGCUCUACGAAGCCUUUGCUUUCCUGAAAAGUCUUGGAGCUGUAAUCAUGGUCCAUGCUGAAAAUGGGGAUUUGAUAGCUCAGGAGCAGAAGCGGAUGCUUGAGCUGGGGAUCACUGGCCCCGAGGGGCACGCCUUGAGCAGGCCGGAGGAGCUCGAAGCAGAAGCUGUUUUUCGGGCCCUCACGAUCGCCAGUCGGAUCAACUGUCCCUUGUACAUCACCAAGGUCAUGAGCAAGAGCGCGGCUGACAUCCUCUCCUUGGCCAGGAAGAAAGGUGCCCUUGUGUUUGGGGAGCCCAUCACGGCCAGCCUGGGGACUGAUGGGACACACUAUUGGAGCAAGAACUGGGCCAAGGCGGCUGCGUUUGUGACCUCGCCCCCUCUGAGCCUGGAUCCGACCACCCCCGACCAUCUGACCUCUCUCCUAGCUUGCGGAGACCUGCAGGUGACGGGGAGCGGCCACUGCACGUACAGCACAGCCCAGAAGGCCGUCGGGAAAGACAACUUCACUCUGAUCCCGGAAGGCGUCAACGGGAUCGAGGAGAGGAUGACGGUGGUCUGGGACAAGUGUGUGUCCACAGGUAAAAUGGAUGAAAACCAGUUUGUCGCAGUCACCAGCACCAGUGCGGCCAAAAUCUUUAACCUGUAUCCACGAAAGGGUAGGAUUGCCGUGGGCUCUGAUGCGGAUAUCGUGAUCUGGGAUCCAGAGAAGGGGAAGACGAUCACGGCCAAAAGCCACAAAUCUGCUGUCGAGUAUAACAUCUUUGAAGGCAUGGAAUGCCACGGAGCGCCCCUCAUCGUGAUCAGCCAAGGGAAGAUUGUGUUUGAAGAUGGAAACCUCCAUGUAAAUAAAGGAAUGGGCCGUUUCAUUCCCCGGAAGCCUUUCCCUGAGUACCUUUAUCAGCGCAUCAAAAUUCGGAGUAAGGUAACAGGACUACAAGGAGUAUCCAGAGGAAUGUAUGAUGGGCCAGUCUACGAAGUCCCAGCGACUCCAAAAUAUGCAACCCCUGCACCUUCUACUAAAUCGUCUCCUGCCAAAAACCAGCCUCCGCCAAUCAGGAACCUCCACCAGUCUAAUUUUAGUUUAUCAGGGGCUCAAGUAGACGACAACAACCCGCGUCGCACCGGGCAUCGCAUUGUGGCUCCCCCUGGUGGUCGCUCCAAUAUUACCAGUCUUGGGUGAGCUCCGGUAGAAAAGCCAGAAGGAAGGCGGGUGGAAAUAAUCUGAUUUCCCUACUAUGUCCUUGUUGUUGAACCCACAGUUUUAUUCGGUACUAUUGGAGAAAAAAAAUGGAAUGGUCUCCCCCCCCCCCUUGUUUAAUUUUUGCAUAGAAAGACGUCAUCAUAGUGUCGUGUGUUUGCUUGGAACUAAUUGCAUCACCAUUGUGCUUCUGUACCAUUGUCACCUUAAAGCAUGGUGCUUCCAUUACUCCCUCCCCUUUAGUGACUCUACUGCUUUUUGCUUUGUCUCGUAAGUACCUGAUGGUUCCUUUGCACCUCCCCGCCCCCCCCAAGCCCCUUAGCUGUGCUAGAGUAGAUGAUGCAUGUGACUAAGUUAUUGAUGCAAGCUGCUGUUUGUGAGUGAGUCUGUUUUAGAACAUGUUGCCAACAAUGAAGAAGACACAAUGCCAAGAGAAGAAAUGCCACAGAGGAGGAGGAUGGAUGGACGUUUUUAAAGUAUGCAAUAGACUAGGACUAGCAGAUUUCUGUUGAUAUCUAUUCCGUUCUUAUAGACCCACCCAAGAAGCGUUUUCAGCACAAAGCUUUGCUACACCUGUUGGCCACUGAUCCACGUAGUCUCUUUUGAGUCAGUGUCAUUGUUUGUUCCUAGGGAGAGCCACAACUCCACACAGCGACACCGUUGCCGUCUUGUUCAGGGGACUUCCACAUAAUGGGCAACCGUGCUCGCCUUUGCAUGACAUUUUUUGGUACUUGCAAACAGUACAAGUUGCUGUUGAAUUUUUAAAGUUUUUGUACAAAGUUCUUCUCCUUUGUA